GCCGUGCCAUCUCCGCACUCGAGCGAAGUUAGUCAUCGAGAGCACGUCCUCGCGUUAGCACGCUCGCCAACUUCGCGCCGAACGAUCAUUCACAGUGUCGGACGUCGUAAAAUGUGAUUAGUGAGACAAAUAGGUAAUAUUUGAGCGAAGGAGCAUGCAGUUGCCAUGCGAAGGGCGCCUCGACAGUGACUAUGGCAGCAGCGAAGCGCCCCGGAAAAAUGGCAAGAGGACAUGUGUGCGACCUGGGGAUCUGGAAGCACAGCAAAUGGAGGACUGUUGACGUGCCGAGAUAACCACGUUUCGCGGCUCUCACACAUUCCAACCCUUAGUUAGGAUAGUGCCAUAUUCACCGCUCCGCACCAAAGCCACUUCGCAUACCUCAUAUGUAAGUUAAGUGAUGGACGAAGACAGCAGGCCUCUUCUGGGGGUCCCGAAGAUACACAGGGUGCUGCGACGGUUCCGCAAGAAGAACCACUGCGUCUACAAAGCGUCGACCCUCAAGAAGUGCGUGGUCUUCAUUAUCUUCAUCAGCAUACUCUUGAUCAUCUUCUACUCGCAGUAUGUGGGGCACUCGCCGUCUUAUCUCACCGGGCUGAUACAAAGAAGCAGCCGCCCCGAGCCAAACAUACGAUGCGGCGUCAUGAACGGACCCCGAAUACCGCAGAAUCACGACCACAAAACCGAAGCGAGACUGAGAAGCUACCCGAAAGUUCUCGUUUUCGUCGAAACGAUGUACUCGAAGCUGGGGAGGGACAUCGCCGAGCUGCUGGUGCACACGAGGAUCAAAUACAAGGUGGAAGUAGCCGGCAAAAGCCUCCCCGUCCUCACCAACCUCGACAAGGGCCGCUACGGCGUCAUCGUCUUCGAGAACUUCAACAAGUACCUCCAGAUGGACAAGUGGAACCGCGAACUCCUCGACAAGUACUGUCGCGAGUACUAUGUCGGGAUGAUCGGCUUCAUCACCCCCGAAGAGGAGACCUUCGUCGGUUCCCAGCUCAGGGGCUUUCCCUUGUUCAUCCACACCAACCUUAAACUAAAAGACGCCGCCUUGAACGCAGCCUCGCAGAUCCUCCGCCUGACCCGCGCGGGCGAGACGGCCUGGGGGGAGCUUCCCGGAAACGACUGGACCGUCUUCCAGGCCAACCAUUCCACGUACGAGGCGCUGGAAUGGGCCCACAGGAACGACGACUACCAGCCCACGGAAAGCAACGUGCGCACCCCCCUCCCCACCGUCAUCCAGGACCACGGCCUCUUCGACAACAUCCAGCGCGUCAUCUUCGGCUCGGGCCUCAAGUUCUGGUUGCACCGCCUCCUCUUCCUCGACUCGCUCAGUUACCUCAGCCACGGCCAGCUCUCCCUGUCGCUCGAUCGCAUGUUCCUCGUAGACAUCGACGACAUCUUCGUCGGGGAAGUGGGCACGCGGCUGCGCCCCGAGGACGUGCGGGCCCUCAUCGCCACCCAGACGCGCAUCCAGGCGAUGAUCCCGCGCUUCAAGUUCAAUCUGGGCUUCUCGGGCAAGUACUUCCACCACGGUAACAGCGAGGAGGACAAGGGCGACAACCUCAUCCUCGAGAACAUCGACAAGUUCAUGUGGUUUUCGCACAUGUGGAACCACCAGCAGCCACACCUCUACGACAACCUCACGGUGUUGAUGGAGGAUAUGAUGCUGAAUAAGAACUUCGCCAAGGCCAAGGGGAUCCCGGUGGACUCGGGCUACUCGGUGGCGCCGCACCACUCGGGGGUGUACCCGGUGCACGAGUUGCUGUACACGGCGUGGAAGAAGGUGUGGAAUAUUAGGGUGACGAGUACGGAGGAGUACCCGCAUUUGAGGCCGGCGAGGUUGAGGCGCGGGUUUAUACAUCGGAACAUUAUGGUGUUGCCGAGGCAGACUUGUGGCUUGUUCACCCAUACCAUGUUCAUUGACAAGUACCCAGGAGGGAGGGAGAAACUCGACGAGUCAAUCCAAGGAGGAGAACUAUUCCAGACCAUAGUCUACAACCCCAUCAACAUCUUCAUGACUCAUAUGUCGAACUACGGUAACGAUAGGUUAGGUUUGUAUACUUUCGAAUCGGUGAUAAAGUUCAUCCAAUGUUGGACCAACAUUAAGCUUAGUUCGGCGCCUCCGCUCCAGCUCGCCGAAACCUACUUCAAGCUAUAUCCUGGUGAAUCGGACCCGGUGUGGGGGAACCCGUGCGACGACAGCAAACACCAGAAGAUAUGGUCGAAGAACAAGUCGUGCGACUCUCUCCCGAAAUUCCUCGUAAUCGGACCACAGAAGACUGGCACCACGGCUCUCUACACCUUCCUUUCUCUGCACCCAGCGAUCGCCAGCAACCUCCCGAGCCCAGACACGUUCGAAGAGAUCCAGUUUUUCAACGCCCACAACUACCUCAGGGGAUUGGAUUGGUACAUGAACUUCUUCCCCGUCGACGCCAACUCCUCAGCCCACUACUACUUCGAGAAGAGCGCGACGUACUUCGACGGCGAGCUCGUCCCCAAGCGGGUGCACGCCCUGCUGCCGCACGCCAAGCUCAUCACCAUCCUCAUCUCCCCAGCCAAGCGCGCCUACUCCUGGUACCAGCACACUAAAACCCACGGCGACGUCAUCGCCAACAACUACAGUUUCCACCAGGUGAUCACGGCGAGCGACACGGCGCCCAAGCCGCUACGGGACCUGCGCAAUCGGUGCCUUAACCCGGGGAAGUACGCGCAACACCUGGAGCGUUGGUUGACGUAUUUCUCGCCGCAGUCGCUGCACAUCAUCGACGGCGAGGAGCUGAAGAGCAACCCGGUGGAAGUGAUGAACGAGCUGCAAAAAUUCCUGAAGAUCACGCCCUUUUUCAACUACACGGAGCACCUGAGGUUCGACCCUAAGAAAGGGUUUUUCUGUCAGGUGGUGAGCGGGGACCACACGAAGUGUCUGGGGCGGAGCAAGGGGCGCCAGUACCCGCCCAUGGAGGAGAAGUCGCUGAAGCUGCUGCAGAGGUAUUAUUUGAGCCACAACACGGCGCUGGUGAAGCUGAUGAAGCGGAUAGGGCUGCGGAACAUCUCCAAUUGGUUGAAGGAGGACCUGUCGGACUCGUCGGCUUAAGUACGAAAGUGGCUGGACAGUACGGUCGCUGAUAAAUUGAAAUGACAUAUCACGUUUGAAUUUAGGCAAUAUUCUAAAACUGAAAUCAAUUACGACGAUUUUUUGAGGCGUUGGCCACUUUUCGUGUCGUAGGAAUGUUUACGGUGUUUUAGAUAGAACGUGCAAUAGUUUUCCUUACGUCCAUUAUGUGAGCUUAAUAGAUGUUCUAAAUGAAGUAUACCUGCUAGGUUAGUUUCAUUCAAUUCCUCUUUAAGCAUAUCCAUCGACUGAAUGUACUAUAAGCUUCAUGCGUCCCGCGUGUACAAAUAACGGCGGGACGGCAAUUUCGUGUAAUAAUUGUGUAUAUAUUUUAUUUAUAUUUAUAACUAAUGUUCGUGCCAUUUUUUGUACAUAUUACAUUAUUGAGUGUGGAGAGUACACAUCACUGUUAGAUAUCUUCAUGUCUAUUUUAUCAGAUUGAUGUAUAUUGCAUGUAAUUUAUAACAUUUUUGGAUUCACACAUUGAUGUAAAUAUUGCAUAGCUGUUAAAAGACGUAAAUGACAAUAAAAAUAUCAAUAUGC